UAUUACGGCAAUGCUUGUGCUCAGACCCAUAAGCGGGGAGCACAGAUUUUUGCAUAACGCAUAAUACAUAGUGCAAGAGAAUCAAUCAAUCUGAAUCCCUCCUUUCCUUCCACUUCACGGAAAAGAAAAACUUUGAUUAGCUGAUUCUUUUAUGCACUAUGCGUUAUGCAAAAGCUUAUGGUUGGGCUCUUACUCUGCAACGAGAACCAAGCAGCGUCACAUGAUGGAGGUGUGCUGUUCAAGAUUUUGAAUUUAUUGCAAGAAGGUGGAGCUGAGAGGUCUAAUUAUUUUAGUGAUUUUGUUACACAUUUGAUAGCAGGCAAUGAAGCAUUAGAAAAUAAUAUUUCUGCAGCGAAGGAUCUAUAUGAGAUACCAGCAGUCGAGUUCAAUCCUAUCUGCCCCCACUCGCGAUUUUUUGCGUGUAAAGAGCUGAAAAUGGCUCCAUCUGGUAAGAGAUCUAUGAUCAUCAACGCCGAUCCGGCGUUAAACCAUAAAUCCUCUGUACAAUGGAUCAUAUUUAAUGAUUCCUAG